AUGUUGCAGUACUCGAGGUGUCCAGAAACGGAUGACAGGGCAGCCUACGACGCCUUCAAGAGUGGCCUUUGGUCCUCACACUUUCAAUACCUCUUGCACAUUAGCAACUGGCGUACCUAUGACGAACUGAUGAAGCAAGCUGCAAUCCAUGCUAAGGCUGAAUAUUUCAACUCAAAAUUCGGGCCUUCGGCUCAGCAGGAGGAACCAGCACUGAAAAGUUACCCUGGGCAGGACUCUCCUUACGCUCCGCGGAGAGCCGACGUAUCCUCAGCAGGGCAUAAACGGAAAGUUAACCGUGACAAUCGACAGGGACGCUCAAAUAGAGAAAAAGGAAAAUACGAUUGUAAUGACCACCGGGCACCCCUACCGAAUACCGACCACGGCCAGGAAGUCUUCACUCUGCUAAACACCACUUAUGAGGCUGUUUUGAUGAACGAGAACAAAAUAAUCCUGAAGCCUAAUCGGUAG